AUGAUUCUUAGAUCUAUGCAGCCGCCCUCUUCUCUAUCCCGUCGUCCUUUGCGGCGUGGAGAGGGGAGGAGGAGGAGAACUGCUCUGCGCUGUUCUCCCAUCGUGCCUUGCGUUUCCGGUUUCCGGAUGUUGGCUUUAAGGGGAUUUAGCCAUCUGGGCAGGCGGUUCAUUUCUUCUUCAGUCUGUCUUAGGGCUCAUGGGCAUGACCUUGCGAAAACAAUGAUGUACAUUCCACGCAAUGAGGACACCCCGCUCUUUCCUGUGCUUCCCUUCACUCCACCUUCCGACAUAGAGCUUCCUCUUACUCCUGAGCAGCAGGCCCUGAAAGAGAAAGAGAAGGGCCCUUGGAGUGCUCUCACAGCGGAGGAGAAGAUUGCAUUGUACAACAUGAAAUUCCCUCAUACUUUGGCUGAGUUAUACGCAUACGUACCUGAAUGGAAGACUGCUUGGGGUAUUGCGCUGCUUCUGUUAUCUUUCAGCGGACUUUUCAUGAUUUGGGCGAAGAUGUAUGUUUUGCCUCCUUACCCCCACACUAUGUCGGAUGAAUGGAAGGCCAUGCAAACAAAAAAGAUGCUGGACAUGAAAGUUAACCCAAUCCAAGGAAUGUCAUCCAAGUGGGACUACGAGAAGAAUGAAUGGAAAAAGUAAAAGUACACCAGGGAUUGCUGGUUCUGUUCGAUUCUGAGAUCCUGAAGUUAUUCUGUCAUCUCUGUUUGACCUUAUGUUUCUGUGUAUGUGGGGGAAACCCCUCAUUUGAGAGAAAUCUUAAUAAAUAUAGAUAUACCUGAAAAUUCAAGGAUGCUUUCUGUAUGUAAGGCCAUCUUGUGAGUAUGCUGUGGUUAAGCUCUGGCUUCUCAGUUGAGGUUGAUAGCAAGAAUUGCACUAACAGGAGAUGAUUUCCUGGGAAGAGUAAAUACACUGUUUUAUUAAAGCCUGAAAAAACAUACACAGCAAGAUUAAAAGUGGCCCUUUAAAUAAG